AUGACCUCCAGUACCAUGCCAAGUAGUAAAAGUGACUGUGAUCAUCAUAGUUUUCCCAACCAAAGGGAACAUAAUUAUUAUUUUAGCAUUGAGAAAAAGCUCUCAGGUCUCGCUACCAAGAAAAGAAGGAAUAAUGGUCUUGCCAAAAAGGGCCGCGGCCACGUGCAGCUUAUUCACUGCACCAACCGCGCCCGUUGUGUGCACAAGUAUAAGGCCAUUAAGAAGUUCGUUAUUCGGAACGUGGUAGAGGCCGCCGCUGUCAGGGACAUUUCUGAAGCGAGUGUCUUCGAUGCCUUUGUGCUUCCCAAGCUGUAUGUGAAUCUACAUUAUUGUGUGAGUUGUGCCAUUCACAGCAAGGUAGUAAGGAAUCGCUCUCGUGAAGCACGGAGGGACCGAACACUCCCACCCGGAUUUAGACCUGCGGGUGCUGCCCCACGACCUCCACCAAAGCCCACGUAA